GUUUUGCUUUCUUGAGCCAAGCACUACCAACUAGGCUCAGUUUUCAAUCGAGUUGUGCGUUGUGAAUAUUCACAGAAUUUUAUUAUUGUUGGACCAAUAAUUUCUAUGUAUAAUAAAAUGAGUGUUUAUUUUAUAACAGUGUUUUUAUUCCAAUUUUAGUUAAUUUUGUUACACAAUUAUUAAAUAAACAUAAUUACGGUCCUCUACAAUUAUUUUCGAUAUUUUGUUUGUAAUGAUUCGAAAAGUGUAUUUGUUGAUUUUAAUCUUCACAGUUAUUCUGCGGAGUUAUUGUGAUGCUGAGAAUAGUUAUAAAUUGUUGUUGAUUGACAACAGUCCAGUGACUACAGGAGCUACAGUAACAUUAAAUGCUACUGUAGUCAAUCACAAUGGUGUAUGUAUUCCUGAUACAUAUACAUUUGCUUAUGAAGAUGAUGCGAUGCCUGUUCAUAGGUUUAAAACACAAAUCAAGUCAUGUGAAGCUAUUUUUUAUAUACCAUUUGAUGACAAAAAUGGUCCAUCAGUGUAUAGAUACAAAGUGGAUGUUUCUCGGGAAAUUAUGCCUUUUAUAAAUCUUCCAAUUGUUAAUGAUCGAAAAAAAUUAAUAAUAACAGAAAAUUUGAAUGGUCAACUUCAGCUAAUUCAAAAUAAUAAUACUGUUGGUAAAAACUCAGCUCAAUUUUCAUACAUUUCAACUGGUUAUGAAACUGUACAAAAAAUUGUACUUAAUCAAGCUGAUUAUGAUUACUUAAAUAGUACUGCUAAUAAUACCUUGGUUCAUUGGUUUAUUGAUUGUAUUUACCAAGGAAAUUCUACUGAUUUUUCUUUAAUUAGUAACUAUACAAAACCUGAUGUUGAGCAUGAAAUUCUUGGUAUUGUAGUUGCAUCUAUGAAAUCUAAUAAUACUAAUACAACCACCACUACACCUAUUGUAACAAUAUCAAAUACUAAUUUUUCUUUAAAUUCUACAUUGUCAAACAAGUCUAAUAUCAAAUUAUCUCAUCUUCCAAUCAAUUCAACAAAUAAUGCUAUUUGCAAAAAAAUAAAUAAACUCAGUUUAUUAAUGUCAGCUGUUCAAAUCAAUGCAAAUCAAAAGUAUGGUUAUUUUAGUCGUUCAAUUCUCGUGAAAGAACCAAUAUCGAAUAUAAAAUCUGAAGGUAAAGUAUGGAUUAAAGAAGGUGACUUAUUGAAAUUGCAGGUCAGUUGUAAUGGAAGUGGCCCUUUUAAAUACUGUGCACAUUAUGGGGAGGGCCCAUACAAUGUAACUGGGAAUGAAACCUGCUUAUGGGAAAGAGAUUUAUUGUCUUGUCAAAUGCAUUUUCAACAUUUAUUCCGUGAACCAACCAACUAUACCUUAGUUAUAAUUUUAGUUAAUGAUGUAUCAAAGGUAGUUACACCCAUUGGGAUAAACAUUUAUAAAGUAAAAAAACAACCUCAAAUAUCUGUGAUUGUUGUACCAGUAACAUUUAGUUCUAUAGCUAUUAUUAUUAUUGUGUUUGGAAUAGCAUAUUAUUUUCAAAACAGAUCAAGAUAUAUGGUAGAAGUAGCAGAUUUUGAUUUUGCCAAUAACUCUGAUAUGGAGUGUAAGACUUUCAUGGAAAGAUUACGAGAUGCUAUAAGUCAAGCUAUUAAUAGGACACAAGAUUAUUCUGAGUAUGAUGGCAGUGAGGAACAAAUAGGUGGUUUAGCUACCCCACAAAAUCAAAAGUAUGGCAGCAUGCAAUGACCAAAAGUUACAGUCGACCCAAAUAAAUGUAAGAUUUGAUCAUAACAAUGGGUUGAUGAAUUAGUGAAUAAUAAAAAAAAUAAUAGAAAUUUUGGAGUUCCUUUGUAAAUUAUAAAUAAUUACAAUAUUUAUUUGCAUUCCAGACCUACAAUUAAAUUACUUUAGAUGUGAUCCUAUCUUAGUUUUAUGAAUUAGCAAUAUAUUAUAUUUAUAUUUUGUACUAAUUUAAAAUUCAUCACAUUUUAUUUGAAUUAUAAUAAAGUUUUAAUCGUUUUUAUUUUUGACAUUUUAAAUUUGGAUUGAAAUUUUAAUGUUAGUGGUGAAUAUUUACUAAAUAUUAUAGAAUUAUACAUUUUUUUUCCUUAUAUUUAUUGUAUUAUUUACCUAUUAGUCUAAUAUUUUAUUUUAAAAAUAUUAUUAUAAAAAAUGAUAGAUAUAUUCAUGUAAGAUUUACGUUUAAAUAUUUUUACACUCUAAUUAUUCUUUAUUUUAUUUUUGUUGUCUAUAAAAAUUUUUUUAUUGUUGAUUUAUAGUCAUCAAAUAUAAUUAUGAAAUGCAUAUCAUUGAUAUUGCAAGUGUAUCAUUGAUUAGUUUUAAUUUUUUAGGUAUAUUCCUUGUAAUAAAUUCAUUGGUUUUUUUAUCUAAUAUUUGCAUGUGAUAAAUUUAAAUAUUAAAUAAUGAAUGUAAAAUCUAAUCAUUUAAUUAAAUAAUUUUAUUAAUAGUAUAAAAUUAGUAUACAUUAAGUAAUUACCAUUAAGAUGUAUAUAGUUUAUAAUAAGUUUUUAAAUAUUAUUUCAUAAUAAAUAAUAAUUUAAUUCUAUUUAAAAUACUCAAUUAAGUUUAAAAAUAUUCACCACAUAGUUGAGAUGUUUUUUUUAGAUAUAAAUUUAAUUUUACUGAAAAACAAAAUCUGUCAUAUAAUUUCUUAUAGUUUCAGAGUUAAACAUUUUUCUACUUAAUAUUAAAAUUUGUUUUUUGAAUCACUUGAAAAUUAUUUAAAUUUUACUUAAUUACUUAAUUUAUUUUCCUAAAACAUUAACAAAAUUAGACCAUAAAUUAAAAGAAAUACAUUUCUUCUAUCCUUAAAUUAAUAAUGAUUGUUAAGUUUUACUUCCAUAAACAAGUUUUAUAUUUUAUUUAGAUUAAUUAUUUAUUUAAAUUUAAUUUUUUUAUUGUUGUACAUUUAAAUUUGUAAAUUUUGUUAUCAUUUAAAUGUUUUAAUAAUAUAGUAUUAUGUAAUAUUAUAGUUAUAUUUUUAAAAAUUGUAUGUGUAUUUUUACUGUACAGUAACUAUUUUAUAUACUACCAUAUGUAUAAUUUCUUUCUCAAAUUGCAAAUGAAUACUCAUACAAUAAUUAUGUGCCAAUUUCUUUUUGUAAAAAAAAAUAUACUAGCUCAUAACUAUUUUUAUUUGCCUAUGAUUUCUUUUAUAUUUUUAUAAUUAAAAUUAAAAUUUUAACUACCCAAUUUUAAUCAGAAAAUAAAAUUUAAAAAGAUACUUUUUCAAAAAUUAUAUUCAUUAAAUACAACUAUUUUGAUAAUUUCAGUUUUUUUUUUAUAUGAAUGUUUAGCUGAUUUUUAACACAUUCAAAAAUAGUAUUUUUAUUAAAUAAAAGUUUCUGGAAUAAUAUUUUUAAUAUACUUCAAAAAAUCGAAAACACUGUUCCAAAUUCUUUCUUAAUAUGUUUUGAAAAAUGCUUAGUGUAUUGCAAUGUAAAAACAAUAUUUUCAAUGAUUAAAACUGAUAGUAGUUUUAAAACAAAUGUAAAUUUAAAAAAUAAAAUUCAACUCCUAGUAAUCAUAUUUUGUAUAAUUGAAACACAAGUCUCAAUAUAAUUGAUCAAAAUAAAACCCAGAUAAUAUAAUAGCAUGAUUAAGAUUUUUUGUUAUUACAAUAUAAAAAAACACAUUAUAUAUUUGGUUGAAUUCUAAUAAAAUAUUCAAGGUAAUAAUUUGAAUUAUAAUAUAAUACUAUUUGUUUAUAAUACAUAAGAAAGGUGCUUUUCAAUGCAAUGAAAACAAUUAUACAGUAAAAAAUAUAAAUUAAUGGAUUGUUAGAUUAAUAAUAUGCAGUUAAUAAUCUAAUAUUUAUAAUUGUAAAUAUUAAUAUUGUAAAAAUUUAUUGCAAUUUAAUAGAAUUAAAUUUUAUAAUUUUACGAAUAAAUAUAUAAAUUAAA